GCAACUGGUCUGAAGAAGGGUCUCAACCUGAAACGCCACCUAUUCUCUCCAGAGAUACUGCCUAACCUUCAGCUUAAGAACCUCCAUCAGAAGAUAGACACAAAGAGUUGGAGCAACUCAGCGGGACAGGCAGCAUCUCUGGAGAGAAGGAAGGGGUGACAUCUCAGGUCAAGACCCUUCUUUAGACUGAAAGUCACGGGAAAGAGAAACAAGAGAUAUAGACGAUGAUGUAGAGAAAUAUAGAACGAUGAAUGUCCCGCGGAGUUACUCCAGCUUUUUGUAUCUAUCUUUGGUUUAAAUCGGCAUCUGCAGUUCCUUCCUGCACCUUCAUCAGGUUAGGAGGUGUGAGUCAUGCGUGCAUCUAUCCUCAGUGGGCCUUGCUAUAGACCUGGUGUCGGGCACCAGCUGUUACCAUGAACAACCCACACAGGGUGAAUGCAGUUACACAUCCAUGACCUUCCCCACUGCCCACUCACCGUCCCGCCUUCAUGAUUGCCCUGCUAUCCACGGCUCUCACUGUGGGUGGUUCAAUGUCUAGUCAAAUAACCUCGCUGACAUUUACCUGGCCACGCCACAGACAUCGGUGUAAAAAUGGAACAACAAAGUUCAGCUCGGUAACAGUUUCUGUAGAUAGUUGCGGGAACAGAUAUUCUUUUAAUCAACAAACACCAACUAAACUAUGAACUGGUGUUCAAGAGCCUGAUGGUUGUUGGGAAGAAGCUACUCUUUGUAGCUUUGUCAACGCCCUUUAUGUGGUGACUCUUUGCAUACCUGUUGUCUGCAAGCAUAGAAUUUCACCCUAUCUUGUCGCCUGUGGCAAUAGAGUAUUCAUUCAUUCAUUCAUUCUUGAACCUGGAGGUCACGGUUAUCAGACACGUCUCCUGUAUCAAGAUGGCAGGAGUGGAGUGAGAGUGUGUCUGGCACGGGGUGGGUCCUUGAUGAUGCUGGCUGCCAUUUUGAAGCAGCGAGCCAUUUGAACAGGCGGCCUUGGUCACAUAGGAGAGUAGGACAUUGGGUAGGACAGAGCUCUAAAGGGCCUGUGCCACUUGGCCAUCAAUUGCACGUCACGCAGAGGCACGCGAAGGUUUUGUACAUCACAAAAUCCUGGGACGCCGCGCGUCACUGCCUAUGAAAUCGUGCACCAUGCACGUAUCGUGAUGCGUAAAUGAUGACGCUUAAAAGUCUGUAUUGACGGUCACAGAGGAAUGGGAAUAUAUGGGUGGCACGGUGGCGCAGCGGUAGAGUUCUCGCCUUAUAGCACUUGCAGUGCCAGAGACCCGGGUUUGAUCCUGACCUCGGUUGCUGUCUGUACUGAGUUUGUACAUUCUCCCUGUGACCGCGUCGGUUUUCUCCUAGAUCUUCGGUUUCCUCCCGCACUCCAAAGACGUACAGGUUUGUAGGUUAGUUGGCUUGGUGUAGGUGUAAAUUGUCCCGUGUGUGUGUGUGUAGGGUAGUGUAAAUGUGUGGGGAUCGCUGGUCAGUGCGGACACGGUGGGCCGAAGGGCCUGUUUCCGCGCGGUAUCACUAAACUAAACUGGGUGGUUGUUGCUUGCGUUGUGCACGGGCGUAACACACGUGUCGUUGCCCGUUACAGGCCAGAGCUCUCGACAGGACGGGAGAGCCGCAGAGUUUGAUGACCCUCGGACCCAAGUCUCCGCUGGACUCGGAGAGCGUGGCGCUGGGAAUCCUGAAGGAGAUGGCGGUGAAGUGGUUCGCGGAGACGCAGGCCGAGCUUCUCCUGCAUACCGGCCGCUUGCCCGAAUGGUUUCACGGCUUUGUCCUGAGGAAGGAAGCGGAGAAACUGCUGCAGAAUAAAGGCCUUGGCCACUUCCUCAUCCGCCUGAGUGACAGAGCGACUGGCUACAUAUUGUCCUACAGGUGGGUACAUUGAUGAAUGGGACCCACACUCCAGGUGUACACAGUAACGCCCAUCUCCAGAGGGGAUGGAUGAAGGAGGGAAUGAACGAGAGAAUGAAGGAGGGAAUGAA